AUGAGCAGGCCCGACGGGGGCCGGGAAGCCAUGCUGCUGCCCGCGCUGGACAAGGCGUCCGGCGGCGUCCAAUGGAGCAGCGUGGCGCGCCUCGUGAACAUGGUCCAGGAGGCCAACAGCAUCUCGAAGCACCUGCGGUACUCGCUCAAGUCGCGCCUCACCUGCGGGGAGGAGCCCAUCGUGCUCAACACGCUGACGGUGCUGCACACCAUCUCGUUGAACGGCUCCUUGGAGGUCCGGAGGCAGCUGUCCAACACGAAGCACCUCAAGCUGCUGGAGAAGGUGUACGCGUCGUUCUGCGCCGAGCUGGCCGCUGCGGCGGUCUGUCAGAUGCUCGUGGACUGGACGUUCAUGUUCAGCCAUGAAGAACUUGGGCAAAAGAGCGCGCGGCUUAUGAAGCACCUGAGGUCAAAGGGUGCCCCUGCCCUGCGGGCCACAAGGGUGGCCACUGUGCGGCGGGAGGAGAUGAUGCUUGGUGCACCCAUCCUGCGCUUUGUGCCUGGCAUGGAUUUUGCAGCACCGACCUCCACUGCCUCUGGUGAUGUGCGCACAGGCGGUUCUCAAAAUGAAAAUGGCGACUCAGCACCCACACGGGGAUCCAAGUUGUCGAAACUGAAGAGGCUGUUCUCCAGGGCGCCAUCGACGCCUGUGCGAAUGCGUGAGACAAUGUCGCUGCAGACAGAGAAUCCACGAAACAGUCGAUGGGGAAACAAGCAAAAGGACAAAACACCAGCCUGGGUGGAGGAGAUGUUAGCCAGAAUGCCAGUGGAUGCUAGUGAUUUGAUGGAGGUGGUUGGCAGCAUCGAGACUCUGAGAGAGUCUGGGGGCUCAGAGUCAGACAUUUCUGGAAUGAUGGCGGCAACAGAGCCCCUUGCAAAGAAGGUCAUCACAUGGCACAAUUGGGCACAGGAGUUGGUAGCAUCCCAAAUGGACAGCAUUGCAGCAGACAUGAUGACUGGCACCCGACAGGCCACCUCAAAACACACAAACCUCACACUGGAUAGCAGCAAGCUCACCAAAUUGCUGGAAGCCGAUGAUGAAGUCCAACACGUUGUGGAGGCGUGGAAGCAGCUAGAGCGGCAGGUGUCUGGUCAGUCCCGUUCUGUGCACACAGCAGGUCCAGACACAGCGGCCAUUGUGAGACGCUCUGUCUCAGUCGUGGCCCCUACGACGAUACACAGAAAGUCUGUUGAAGAAUCGCCCAACUCAUGCACUGCUGUUGAAAACUUUAACCGUGCUUUGCACACUGCAGACUCCGCCACUCCCCGCAAGCGCACACCCCGCACGCCCAGGAUGCUAAAGCUGCCCAACACCCCAACUGGCCAAGAUUUGUGCUACGACCAAAGAUCUGGGGACUAUGCUGGGACCUGCGAUGAAACAGAUCAUACUCCUGUGUCUUGCUGUACAGACGAGUCAGGGACGCCCUUUGGGAUCGACUUGGAGAUGAGAACGAUGGCCACUGCCGAAGAGAGUUACUCUUAUGAGGCGAUCCAUGGUUCCAGUCGCUUGGCUACAGUGGCUGUCGACCCCAGACAUAAGCCAAGUUCGGAAUGGAGGCCUGUGGAGGAGAACUUCCCACAGCUGUUACCUGAGGAUACCAUAACCUUCUCCAGACCUGCUGAAACCUACGCCACAGCCCGAGCAAACAUAAAGGAAAUGGAGGAGGACUUGCGUAAUUUUGGCAUGGAGCCACAUUCGCAAUCCCCAAGGAGGGCCGACGAAGAUGCGUAUGUGAACCUGCCAGGCCAUGCCGGGCCCUCUGGAAUCAGAGGUCAUAAGCAGAACGAGAGUGCAUAUAGGAAUCAAAAUAAUCCCUUUCUCAGGGCUUCUCCUGUGGAAUAUUCACAUGCCGGGCAAGACUGCAAUGUGUGGGCUGACGCUGAUGUGGUAAAGCCGGUGCAGAGGCAAACAGCUGCUGUGGUGUCACCAUUUCAACAGCCAUCAAGUUCGGCGAGCAGGAGCCUCCCUCCCCAGGAGGCAGUGCCUGUUGAUGUUAGGCAAAGGCAGUCGUUCCAAAUCGAGGAGAACUCCAGCAUGCCCCCAAGAGACACCUCCCCAGAGGCAGAGCCAUCCAUGGCCAUCCAUGUGGAAAGAGACAGCCAAGAGGAACCCACACGGCUGCAGGAGCUGUCUUCCUCAUUUGUUGGGAUAUGUGUGGAGGAGGCUGAGCAACACGAUGACAGAGCUGCAACUGCAACAUCGGCUGGCUUGUCGCCAAUUCGCGGCAGGCGUGUCACCCCCACACCUGCUGAUAGGGCACAAGGCCGUGAUGAUAAGUUCAAUCGCAAAACUGAACGCAGGGUGCGCACUAGGCUGGACAGGACGAGGCGUGGUGCCGGACACAGGCAGAAUGCUGCCAAGUUCGACGUGUACAAGAGGCAACCAUUUGGCGACCUUGCGGCAGAAGGCAGGGGCAGCCCAUUGAAUGACGGGGAAGCUGAGAACCGGCCUAACAGGCCACGACACCGCUCGCCCCACCCCUCACCGCAGCGGUCGGCUGAGCAGCAAGUGGCGACCAAGAAGAAGCGCAUAGUGCGAAGGGCGCACAAGAGGACACGGUCGCGCGAUGGCGGUCGACAUUCUGUCCCACUGCUGGGGUUAGAAAAUAAACUGUUGCUCAGGGAAGGAGGCGCUGCCCCCAAGAUUGUGAGGGCUUCGCUGGAUGCCCUGCGGGAGCAGCGCGGCCACAGGAUACCGGCCCUGCGGGUUCGCUUCACCCAGGCGCACUUGAAAGAAGUGCUGGAGAAAGUGGCGGACAGGGGAGACAUCUAA